AUGGGCGAAUCCAGACAAGAGCUUUUGGCUUGGUUGAACAACCUGCUGCAGUUGAACAUCACCAAGAUCGAGCAAUGUGGAACCGGUGCUGCGUUAUGCCAGAUCUUCGAUUCGAUCUUCAUGGACGUGCCUAUGUCCCGGGUCAAGUUCAACGUUAACACCGAAUACGCCUAUCUGCAGAACUUCAAAAUUCUCCAGAACGUCUUUGCCAAGCACGGCAUAGAGAAGCCCAUCCCGGUUCAAUCCCUCUCGAAAUGCCGCAUGCAAGAUAACCUGGAGUUCCUCCAAUGGGUGAAGCGAUACUGGGACCAGCAUUACCCAGGUGGUGAUUACGAUGCCCCCGGUCGACGAAAGGCCUCUGCCGGUGCGGCUCGUCCUCGCGUUGCUGCUUCGGCUGGUGGUGGUGCGGCCACCGCGGCUCUCCAGCAGGAGAUUGCUACACAGAGAGAGGCGAUUGCGGGACUCGAGAAGGAGCGCGAUUUCUACUUCGCUAAGCUUCGCGAUAUUGAGCUCCUGCUGCAGACUGCUAUCGAGCAAGACCCAGAGUUGGAUCAGGAGGGCGAUACUUUGGUGAAACAUAUCCAGGGCAUUUUGUAUUCGACUGAGGACGGAUUCGAGAUCCCGGAAGCGGAGGAGGGUGUGGCUGAUGAGCUGGAGACUUUUUAG